AUGUCGGGCCCUGUGAUGCACGGGCAAGAUAGUGCAGCGUUAUUUGCCCUUGCCGCUAUUAGUUCAGCCCUUUUGACCAUUCUCAGCGUUUGGAAGUUGAAACAGUUUAAAUAUAAGAUCAUAAAUGAAAGUGGAGGCAUGUUGCUGGGACUAGCAGUGAGGUGCCUCUGGUUUUUCCAAGGAGAACGUAUGGAGAACAUAGAGAAUGGGACCUUUGAUCCAGAGGUCCUUUUCAAUGUGUUCCUGCCACCCAUCAUCUUCUAUGGAGCUUACACUCUGAAUCAGAAACGAUUCAUUGAGAAUCUGGGCUCUGUUCUGACCUAUGCUUUUUUGGGAACCUUGAUCAGCUGUAUAUGUAUCGGGGCCUGCGUCUACGGCUGCACCAGGCUCAUGGUGCUGUUGGGCCAAGCUGCCGACGGAGAAUUCCUCCUCACCGACUGCCUCCUGUUUGGUGCGAUAAUGUCAGCCACUGACCCAGUCGCAGUUCUUGCCCUGUUGUCGGACCUACGUGUAGAUUUGGACCUCCGCACCUUCCUGUUUGGCGAGAGUGUCCUUAACGAUGCAGCGGCCAUCGUUUUGACACAUGCCAUCAUCACUUACAGCCAGAUGGGUGGAGGACACAUCUUCGACCCACCUGCCUUCUUCCAUUCUGUCGGUCUUUUCCUAGGAGUGCUCAUCGGUUCCCUUCUCCUAGGAUUCAUAUUCACAAAGCCCCUGUUGGAAACAUCAAUCUUCUUUCUGCUGUCCUGGAGCAGCUUCCUCUCAGCCGAAGCCUCUGGACUCUCAGGUAUAGUAGCCGUUAUGUUUUGUGGCCUUAGUCAGGCAAGGUACACAACCCUCAAUUUAUCACCUGAAGGCAGCACAAGGACUAAGCAGUUCUUUGAAGUCCUCAACUUCCUGGGGGAGAUUUUCAUCUUCAGCUACAUGGGAUAUAUAUUGUUGACGUCUACUCACCAUGUCUUCAAAGCUCUCUUCAUUCUUGGGGCAUUUCUAUCCAUCUUUAUUUCAAGAGCAUGCAACAUCUACCCUUUGUCUUUCCUGCUCAAUCUGGGCCGUACAAACAGGAUUCCGUACACCUUCCAGCACUUCAUGAUGUUUGCAGGUAUGAGAGGGGCUGUUGCUUUUAGCCUGGCUGUGAGAGACUCGUCCACUGGAGCGAGGCGCACCAUCCUCAGCACCACCCUGCUGCUGAUUUGCUUCACUGUCUGGGUUCUGGGUGCAGGUGCCGAUCUGCUGCUGCGAAGUCUGGACAUCAGGUCGAGUGCAGUGACUCAAAUAUCCCUGAGUUUUCGCAUUGAAAACAUAAGAGCCCCCGUCCCCGAAAAAAAGGCAGUCAGGAACACAAGACACAACACUGUUACUAUCCUCAUGACACUGCUUUCUCUUUUCGUGCUUAUUACACCUCUGGAGCUGAGCGCACUUUGGUUGCCAGCAGGGCUUAGAUGUGCAGCGCUGAGCUGCAGUGGAGCCCCACAGGUUCAGUCAGCUGCACCAACCAUUGAUUACGUCUCCUUUGAGUGUCCAAGAUGCAAGUUUUGCUUUAACAUUUCAAAUGACUAUCUCGGUCAGGGAAAAAAGCUCGGGUGUUGA